AAGGGUGAUCUUGUUGGAUGUGACAUAAACGUGCAUCUGGUAGCAACAUCAAAUGGACAGAUGACAGCUACAACAAACAGUGCAGGUCAGGAUAUCGUGGUUCGGAGCAGUAGUGAUGUUAAGGCACUUACCUACUGCGAUUUAAAAAUGCGUACAUAUGGGUGGCUUGGUGGAGGUUCUGCGCUUGUAUCCCGAGUACCAACAGCAAUUUGCAAAUGACAUCCAACAUGACCUGACUUUUAAUUUACGUGAAGGCUACGAGUGCCAGGACUCAGACAUUGGGCCCCUCAUUUUCCACUUCCAUCAAUUAGCGAGGAUGACGAAAACCAACCGGACAGUGAUGCAGUUGCAGUUGCUUCGCCGCAUCACGGUAGUUCAUCCACACCCUCACCCCUGCCGAUGAGGUCGCCGCUUCUUAUAGGAGCCGGCGGAAGCCCGCGGAGUAUGAAAUUUCUGCCUCGCGGACGUUCGUUGGCCGGCCUUCGAGAACGCGUCGAACGUCAAAGGUCCGUUACCAUUCAUUCCCCUGGAGCUGAAUUUGGCUCGUUGGAGGGCUUAAAUCUAGAGCCCGUUCAAAGCGAAACCGACAAUCCUGCCAAUAAGAGAUCAAUUGAAAAACUGGACUGCCAAGUUAGCACUCUGCAUGACGAUGUUGCUCUCCUUAGCAUGGAAGUCCGUAACGCGAUACACGCUCUGCAGGAGAUGACCAAUUCUAGGAUGGCCUCGCGAGCUGACUUAGCGGUGGGUAAUUUCCUCCCUGCCCGAUCCAUCCCUAACAUCUCUGAUAACAUCCUGAUUCCUCAGAUUGUUGGCGAAGCAUCGCUGGUCCGAAGCUCAUCGCAUCCGGCUGAGAUGUGGCACUGCGAAGUCGAAGAAGUUGCACCAACAACCGGUGGUGGGGCCCUGAGUGAUCAAAUGCCGAAAAUUACCCGCGCAACGCAAACCGACAUGGUCAAGAUUGACUUUCAGACCUUUGAGAAGUUCGUCAUUGCUAAUCCGCGUCUGGUGCUGGGACUGCUGGGCUAUGAGGCGACCUUAAAGACUGAAAUUGAAAUGAUACAACAGCAACAGAUGAUGCAAGUCUCCCCCUUAAAUACCAUCGAAGAAGUCAAUUCCCCUGAGGGUGGACCCAGCUCUGAAUACCUCCUCGAAGAAACAACCGCUGAGGCAGCGAACAAACUCUCAUUGGAGCUCUGACAACUAUCGAGACGUCGAGAACCU